UUGUGUAGGAAUUUCACCGGAUAUCUGGAUCCGGUGGCGGAGAGAUGGAACACCUCCUCGAUAGAUUUCGCGGAGAUCACUAUGGAUCGAAACUUCGCCCUUCUACUUGUGUCCCUGAUAUCGGCUAUACUAUGGGUAGUUUACAUCGCUUACUACAACAACCGAGUACUCGGCUACAUACUAACAAGGUUGAUCAACAAAUUUUACUUCCAAGAUGAGAACUUUAAAAUAGGUUCGUUCACAUUGAAUGCACUUUCCGGAAAAAUAAUGUUUCGUGACAUAGUUUAUAUAAAUUACGACUAUGCCUUACGAAUACAAGACGGCUACUUAAUAUUCAGAUGGUGGAGGUCAUAUGUACCCAAAGACGUUGCUGAAGACUUAUCACACUCUGAUACUCGACUAUCUAUAAUGUUGAAUGGAUUCGAAUUACAUUUUUACAAUCGUUGUGAUCUGUACGCCGACCUUGAGAAGAUAUUUGGUCUCGAUCCUGUCAUCAAGCAGCAGCACGAUGACGAUGAUUCCACCGACAGAGAUAAGGCUAUGAACGAUGCGAACGAGAAACGAAGAAGGGCCCAAGACACCGUCCGCUCUGAGGCAGCGAUGGCCAGGACUUGGAGAGAUCUCAUACCAGUCAUUAAAAUAGACAUAUGCAGCGGACGAGUUGUGUUUGGAAACCGACUUGUUCCGACCACGUUGUCCAUCAGUGUUGAGGAAUCACAUUUAAUGUACAGCACCAAGCCGCCGGCGUCCAGUCUGGACCAUCUUAUGCAUUUUGUCAAAGCGAAAGCGGAAAACUGUAAAGUUAUGCUGGCUCCUAGUCCAAAUUAUACGUCGAUGGUCGAUGAACCCCCGAGAUAUAUGGGAGAGGGCUUCGUCGUUAUGAGCUCUAACUACAUCGAGGUUUACUUCUACAUGGAUGAGCCCGGCUUGGUCCCUGAGCAGCCGGUCUUACUUCAACUAGCGAAUGGUGAUAUUGUUGAAUCCGCUCCCCCUAUUUGGGGAGUCGAUAUAAAAUGUGGGAAAGGUACAGAUUUCAGUUACGGCCCUUGGGCAGACCGUCAGAGAGACCAUUUAUUCAAAUUCUUUUUUCCACCAAAUUACAAAAGCUUGGAAGUCACGCCACAGCCGAAACCGGGCGAUAGAAGGCAGAUGCAGUCAUUUGAUAUUCGAUUAUCAACUUUGAAUGAAGCGACUAUUGAUAUACUAUUUACCAAAAAUAAGGAAACUAAUGCUGUUCAUAUAAAUAUUGGUGCUGGUUCAUAUCUAGAAGUGACAUUGCCAUGGAUCGUUCUACAGGACGGUUAUACUACUAAAAUAACAGGUCAAUUGCUUCAUUUAGAAGCAACAACGAGUCUGCAAUACAGAAGUUUUGCUGAAAGUGAAACUUUAGAAUACACAGUCAAAUGCCAUUACCCAUUAGUGUGGAACCACCAUCAAUGCUGGCAAUUAUCUUUGACGGGAUGUAAAGCCACAGCACAUUUUGUGUAUACACACAUAGACUUUUUCCAAGACCUCACUAACGAUUGGGCUAGUAAGGCACGUCCAGAUAUUCUGCAUUUCGUUCCAUACACGUGGAAAAUUUCAUUGCUAUUAAAGGAAUGCGAGGUCGUCACGGUCAGUAAUCAAUACAAUUGGAUAGAUUGCAGUUCAACAAAUCAAGAAAAUAACCAUGUCGCAUUUUGUGGUGACUUACUCGAUGUUUCUUUCGAUUUACCGUUUGUGGAUUUCUUGCCGGAUGUCAUACCUUUGAAAAUUUGGGUUCAAGGUGAAGCGGUUGAUAUGAGUCUGUAUUUACCAGAAGUAAACACUUCUAGGUUACUUCUUUUGUCUAUUGAUAAAAAUAUGAAACUAGUCCCGUGCCGGUUGAAGGCGUCGAAAUGGCGCAGGAAGUGCGUGAAAACUCAAGGUUGGGUUGAUUGCUGGUCUGUGCCCAUAGUGGCGUUAAGUGUUAGAUACAAUUAUCAUCCCAUCCCGCCCUUGGGCCCUGAGCCGCAGGCCGAUAUUACCACUCCAGAGAAAGAAGAAAUUUUAUUAUCUCCUAUGAGAAUACCAAGAAUGAGAAAACAGCCUCAAAUAAAUUGGCCUAUCGAUGGAAGUAACUUUGAUCGAACUAGUCUGGCGCCCGAUAAAGUAAGCGUGGAACUCGAAGUAGGGCCGUCAAUAUUGCUCGCUUACGGAACCAUCAUAACGAGUUUUAUGAAUUUACUUGAAAAUAUAUUUGGAGAAGACCAAUUAUUUACCGAUAUGCAAAGAGCGCCAAAUAUGGAAACGUACUAUUGGUCCAGUGAAAAUCAAACCAAAGUGAACGAUAGAAGUAGCGUCAAUCAACACACAGAAAUAUCAAUAGACGAUUCCACCGAUUCCAGUAAGGGCCCCUUUGACCCUAGAAAAUGCCGACCUCUAGACGUUUCAGUGUCGAUUAUAAUUCACGACAUCCAGGCUCAUCUGGUAAAGAACUGUAGUGAAAACGAACCUCCUUGCCCCGUAGUACUGAUUGAAAGGUUCGGUUUUGAAAUGGACAAGAGAUUCCGUGAAACUAAACUUCAACUCUUACUAAGUCCUUCGAUAUUAGUUUCUUCAAAUAGUGCACCGCGAGCAAAUUCUAAUGGGAGUAACGGUUCAAGUGCCCUUCAACAGGGUCAUUUGAUGCUGUCUUCCUUCCAACUCCGAGGGAAUGGAUUUUUCAGUGACACUAAUAGGAAUGUCGAAGAGGAGACGAUAGAGUACGCUUGGAUGAUGGAGCUCCAGCUCGGUCAGUUGACGGGACGGCUGACUUUGCCGCAGCUGUAUCAAAUAAUAUCAUCUCUCGAAACUUUCCUCCUCCUGAUAUGUGACAAUGAAAACGAGUUGACACCUCCUAAUACUGCUAAGCAAUGUCAUCAUGGCUUAAACAACGUUUUAUGUCCGGAAACUGAUCUUACACUUAAAUAUCGUUGUCCCUCCCCGAAUGAGAUCAAAUACCGUAUGAUACGAGUCGCAAUUGACUUAAUUGAUUUAUACAUAGCUGACACCAACACCACCUUGCAAUCUUGGAUAUCACCAAUAAGAUUGUCGUUCUGCAAUUUACAUGGAUCUGGGUUUGGAACUGGUAUAACCGGCUUGCUGCCAAAUAUAAAAUUAGCUCUGUUCACUCAAUCAAAUAUACAAUCCGGUGGAUCGAAUGGAAAUCAAAAUAAAGUACCAGAUUCUGAAAAUUGGGUUGGAGUAGGAUCAAUGUCUUUAGGACCUUUACUAAUAGAAGCGGCAUCAUCGUUGCCACAAACUCCUAAAAAUCUACACCUGGUACAACAGAAGUUUCUGAAGCUACACGAUGAAAAAUUUAAGAGAUUGUGGUUUUUAUGGCCAAGUGAAGGCAAAGGAACUCAGUGUGGUUGUACUGGCGGCUGUGCAUUUUUCGGUUCCAACAGAAACGGCCCGAAUUUUCUCAAACCAAGUCCGGCCGAUUUGCAUGAAGGCAUCAAUAUAGCUGUAUUCAAUGUAAUAGAAACAACACCAGGGGAAUAUGGAUAUGGACAAAGUUUCCUUCAUCAGGGUCAACUAGUAUUUCAUACUCCCCCUUACAAUAGUCUGAAUGUUUGUCUGCAGCCAACAAAUGUAUCAACUUUAAUACCGUCCCCGCUGCCGCAGAAUUACAGUAAGUCACCCCAGAGUGCUGACCGAAAAAGUCUCACAAGAAGAUUCUCUUACACUAGUAUGAAUAAAGGAAGUAAUAAUAUCUUGGUAUCGAGCACUAAAAGUGAUGUCCCCUACGCCCGUUUGGUCGAUUCCUCUGUACCUCUUGGUAGUUCAAAAAUUGACAGUGAUUCAAAACUUAAUAAAACUGUGUUAAAUGUUCCUCAAAUGGAAAGCAGUGUUUCGGAUUCAAAACUAGCUCUGAGCUGUGGCAUUAAAGACGCAACAAAUGUAACUAAAAAACCUUUACCAACUUCUGAAAACGAAUCUUAUGUGGUGCCAAAAAUACCACCGCGUAGUGUAGCCGUCUCUGAGUCACAUUACUCUCUAAACUCUCAGCCUCCACAUGAAGAUGUUCUUAAUCAGGAGGUACAGCGAACAAUGUCAAUAACAAGUGAAAAUCACUCGGAAGCAUUUUUCUCGGCCGAUGAAGAUAUGUUUCCUAGUCGCUCGUCGAGUUUGAAACAUUCCUUUGGAAGUCGACACAGUAAAUCGAAAGAGAAGAGCUCCUACGGGAUUAGUGAAGUCAAUAAUGAAAAAUGGCUGAAUGUUACGGCCAGAUCAGAGACGGGCGACGCUCAUGAUACUAUAAGUAAUUUGAGUUCAGGAGUUCAACCGGACUCGGAAAGCGUGUCUAUGUCGUCCGCUUCUUUCAUCUCAGCCAUUUCUUCUCAAGAGGAUAUGACACUUAUCAAUCUUCACAUGCAAACGAAUAAACCUAUCAUAGACUCUCCGUUGCUCAUGUCGAGUUACAUGAACAGUUUACCGCAGUAUAGAUGCGGCAAUUGGUCCACUUGUUCUUUACCCAGUGGCAGUGACGUCUAUACGUUACCUCUUUUUAAAAGGGCUGAGGACGGCUCUUUAGUGUAUGUGGGUCAAAAGUAUUUACCACAUUUCGAAGCUGUCGGAAAAGUCAUGACUUUAAAGUUAAUAUCCAAGAAAGAUGGCCAUAUGAGCCAAAAUCAACAUGGACCGUAUUCAAAUUUGACACCACAUUUUAAUUCACAAGUGAAAGCUCAUCCGUAUCCCCAAGGCUGGUGGGAUUUACAACAAAAUGUACAAGACAAUCAAGAAAAUACAACAGAAAAAAGUUCCUCGUCUACCGUAACAACGACUAGUGACAAUAAGAGCGGGCUAUUCGUUAAACUACGUGGAGAAAUCGACGUUAUGUUGACGCCGCUUGUUUUAGAGAGCACUCAAAGGUUCGUCGAGUCUCUGACACCAGUAUUAGCAAAUAUCCAUCCCAUCACUGUCAUUAAUCACUUAAGACUACUCUGCAUAUCUUCGGUACAAUCUUCCAAUAUACUUAAACAAAAGCAAUAUGUUCUGAAUUGGUUGCCACAAAUGCAAGCACGCAACGAAUCGAGCAUCGUCAUAGAAAAGGACGAAAAAUGUAAACUCGCAACAAUACCGAACACUAACGUGUACGAGGAGACCAUUUGUGACCAGCUUCAAGCAACUGUGACUGUACCGAAGGUGAACAUUAUCUUUAUACAAUCGUCUGUCGUAGAAGACAUGAUUUCCUUUUCGGCCCUCGAUAAUAUUCAAGAUUUAACCUGCGUGUCAUUGUUUGGAGUUUCCAUAGAAAAUAUUGUAGGGAAAUAUGUAAGAUCGAAGAAGACCUUGGAGUCGGUGCAGUUAUACUACAGACCAACACUCAGGGCCCUAGGCAGCAAAAAGUCAUUUGGUAUCAUGAAGGGACCUCGAGCACUGAUAUCGACGCAGUCUUCAGGUCGUAAAAGAGGACAAGAGAAGGGAGAACCCGUGUACAUAGAGACGUCCCAGCAACAGUGCGAGGAUACUUACGUUACACUUAACAUAGGAAAGGUACAUGGACAAUUGAGACGAAUCCGUAACGAAUCUUCACAACUGAAAGACGCAACUAUAACCGGUAUACCUUGCCAACACUCGAAAGUCUCAUUCAAAUUCAUCACAGCGGAAUCGUGCUCCAAAGGAUGCGAUAUGGACUGCCAGAACGGAGGAACGGAGAUUCCAAAGGAAAAUUCAAUCGGUUACAUAAUGUUCGAGUGUGGGAUAGAGGGAGUAUCGGUAAAAGUGUCCCAACAUUCACAGUCACAUAAACCAAAUGAAGAGAAGGAAAAGAAACCGGCCCGCACCGACAAUGAGAGCUGCCGGGAGUCCGUGAAGUCCGCGGAGGAGCUGAAACCGGACAAGGAGAAGACGAAACGGACAUCCGGGAUAGAGGAUUUGUUCAGGAAGAGGGAAUCGAAUUCCAAGCCCAGCACGCCUAACCUGGGGAGCGCCCAGCCGCCGCCGGUGCCUCCCGCGGCUCCCCUGCCACCAGAGCCUUCUACUCCAGGACCUGACGAGCCGUCUGAUGGUAGUACGGCCACGGUGGUCCCCGCCAAGGACCACGGGAACACGUCUUCCUGCUCCGUCGACUUGAAGGUCGUCUGGUUCAACUUCGCGGCUCCACCUAGGACUCCAAUCACCAAAAAGAUCGACUAUACGAGACUGGACUGGAACCUGCUGAGCACGGCGUCCCCCGCCAUCAACGCGUGGAUGAACCCUUGUAAUCGUCUCGGUAUCCGCGUGGUGUCGCUGUACCGAGCGCGCGCCCGCCGCCUCGCAGCCACCGCCGCCAGCCUCAUGGCCUCCGCCCUCGACCGCGCGCCUGCACACACGCUACCCAAAUCUCGCUACGGGCGCCACACGCCGAUGGCCCGUCAGCUGCGCGAGGAGCCGUCCCUGCAGCUGUGCGGCGUGCUGCUGACGUACGCGCUGUCAGCGGACGCGGCCGCCGUGCAGGCCGAUCUCGCGGACAGACAUCUACCAUCACUGUCCACGCUCAGACAGGGAGUCAUAGUCCUGACCCGACAGUGGAAGAACAUCCUGUACACACCGCUGUUGUUGGAACACAACUAUAAGAGCAAGGUCAUGAAGCCGCUCAACGUUACCUUCGCUCUGCCGGACUUGCUGGAGGACUCUGUAGAAGGAUGGCAGGAGUACCAAUUCGACAACGAAGCUCUGGACGAAAACUGUCUCCUACUAAAUAUGGAUGUAGAUAAAGUCGAAAAUCCCGUGCACGCGUCGGUCGGUGCUGCUAGCACGCGUCCCCGCUCGUACCCCUCCACGCCUCCCUCGGUGCGCGCUCAGAACAGUCGAGCGAGUCUGGUGUUCCCUACGCUGCCCUUCUCCACGAGGAAGACGCCCUUCCAGGACGACGCAAUCGCUAAUUAUGGCACUCUGAAGGAGGAGCUUCCUACAGUGGGGUCAUCGCCCUCUCUGUAUUCACACGGCAGUACGGAGCGCCUGGCCAGGGAGCGCGCGAGGGAGGACCUCUAUCAGUGGAUGGCCAAGCAGGAGCCUAUCAAAAUGGAGUCAAAGACCAAGAAGCCGAUGCUGCCCCCGUCCAAGCUGCCCCGCCCGCUGGCCAUGCCUGCCUGCAGCUUGUACCCGCUGCAAGGCUCGCUGAUGCUGCUGGACGCGCACCUCGUGUUCCAGCCCUUCCUUUCCGCGCUCGGGGUGUCUCCGCAUCAAGUGGCCCACGGUGAAUCCAAAGUGAAGGGUGUGGGCGCCGAGGCCGGCUCCGGCCUGGAAUCACUGGGGUCCAAGUUGUCUCUGCUGGCGCUGGUAGACGUGUUCCGUAUAGACAUAGUGGUCGGCGAGCUGGCCCGCGAGAGGCGCCACCAGACUAACAAAGGGAAAGGUACCCAGACUGACAUUCCAUCGGAGUCCCCCGCCUUCCUCUGCGAGAAGAUCUCCUUGGACGUGGAUCUGAAGAAGGUAGCCGACAUGGCGGUGGACGACCUCAUCCAGCGACAGAACGUGCUGUACAUAUCACGGGGACAGCUCAAGAAACACAUCAGCACCAUGCUCAACUUUAAUAUCAGCAUACGGUUCAUAUCGCAGCAGGUGAACAUGCCCCUCCUCCGACUGCUGCAUCAGAUCAGCAACAUGUACCAGAAUGUGAAAGAUACACAGAGCGAACUACGCACGCAGACUGACUCCUCGCGGAGACGGAAACGAACGUCCGUGUCAGACUUUCGUGAAAACGUCGUGAGCAUGUCGUCCCUCGACAAAGAGAGCCAGUACGCGGUGUUGGAGCCCAAGUGGGAGUUACCCCCCGGGCCCGACGUCCUGACGGCCAUGUCUGACAAAGGAACCGCCACACCCACCAGGCCCAGGCCUCAGUCCUUCGCACAGAAGCUCAGGUCUACUGGGAAAAGUGUGAAAGGACGCUUAGGCUACAGCUCCCUAAACGAAGGCGCCCAUACACCCAUGUUCAGUACGGAGGCGCCCACGACGGGAGGCCUGGCAGGCGGGUCGGUGGGCGGGUCAGUGGGCGGGCCCGUGCCGGCUCCGCCCACACCCGCGCCGCUCGGCCAGCUGGCUCCCCGCUGCUGGCGGACCGUGUACCUGCUGCUGGACCUGUACGCCAACAUGCCUGACGCGGACACCAUCACACACAGGUUCUCGGUGUCCACGGAGCUGCCCGAGGCGGUCCGCGGCCGUGCUCGCCCCAGCUCGCGGGAACAGAACGCGAGCAACUCGUCCUCCAGCGCCACACACCUGGGGAUCGUCGUCAUGGGAGACGCCAAAAUCCACCGCACUCGCCUGCUGGCCUCCCUGUCGGGCUUGAAGCUGGAGGCGGAGAUCACGUCCCUGAAGGCCGAGCUGUCCGCGUCCAGGUCGAGGCAGUGGUCGCUCAACGGGAACCUGGGCCGGACCGCCAUCGUGCUGCUGGAGGGACCCCCGCCCAACCAUCAGACGGUGGUGCGCGUGGGCGUGGGCAAGUCCCAAGCCCUGUACGGCUGGGAGGGCGGCAGGCUGGGCGCCACGGCCAUGGCGUCUAUCGGCAGCGUCAGGAUCGACCUGCCACAGCACCCCGUCGCCCUGCACGGCGUCAUGACGCGCUCCAGCAAACAACUCUCCUCCACGCUACAGGAGUUGGGUGUGACCCGCACCUCGUCCCGCAUGUCUCGAGGCCCGACGGGCGGGGCGGGGGAGGACGAGGACGAGGGUAGCCCUCCCCCCGCCCCGCGCCCGCCGCCCGCACAGACACCACGACCUGACCCGCUGCUGCAACCGCUGCAGCUGCAGUUCUCUAUCUUGCUACAGAGCCUGAGUAUAACCGCCGCGUUGCUGCCGUCGCUCCAAGCGCAGUAUAAGAUGGAGCGCGUGCAUGGCGCGGGCGUGACGGCGGCGCGCGCCCACUUCACGGUGGACCUGCCGCACCACUCGCUGAGCUUCGUGACGAGGCUGCAGGUGUCGGAGGCCAACAUCCCCGCCGCCGCCUCCGUGGCGCUGCCUGCCGUGUCCUGCCGCGCGAGGGUCCUCGACUGUAGCGAACCGGAUGCGAGAGCUCAUGACUCCGCGGAUAAUGCACAAGCCCCAGAAGGCGUGGUGCUGCGCGCCGGUCGCUACCUGUCGGCCACGGCGGACAUCGGCCUGUUCGAGCACACGCUGUCCACAGACCUCCUCAACCACCUGGUGUUCGUUCAGAAGGUGUUCAUGAAGGAAGUAAACGAGGUCGUACAGAAAGUGUACGGAGGUGAGAAACCGGUGCCGCUGUGGAACGAAGAGGAGGCGUCUUCAUCGGCGUUCAGUAGGAUUCUGUUUUCGCUAUUGAUUCGAAUAAAGCGCAUCCAGUUGACGGCGACUACUCCCAGCAACUCAGCCGUGCGCCUGGAGACGGGAGCCGUGGAGUUCGAGGUGUCCAACAGAGUACAGAACGUGACGCAGUCCGCCGAGACGCAGGGACUGAGGCUGUUCGCGAGGGCACAGGUGGACGUGAACCUGAGUCUUGGCCAGCUGAUCCGGAACGCUCUGUUCGAGGAGGCUGAGCCGGAGUUCCAGCAGUACGCGUUCUUUAACACCAGAAUAAUGAUGCGCAACGCGUUCCAAGACGAGAUAGUGUGCGAGGAGGACAAGGAGGUGGUGCUGAUCACGCUGAAGCGGCCGCUGGUGUACAUCCAGCCCGUGGCCGUGGACCGCGCCAUCCUCGUGUGGCUCAACUACAAGAACGCCUACGAGUACUGGAACGAGAAGCGCAUGACGCUCAACAAGGAGGUGCUGGCCGCCACGCAGCAGGUCUUCGAGAAGGUACAACUGUCGUCCAACAUAGCGACCCCUCACUUGAGCACGCUGUUCCUCCAGCUGAACGUAGACGACAUCGGCAUCUGUCUGCCUCUGAACCAGCCGCCGCUUUCGUCGUGGGGUCGCAACAUCCACGAGUCGGAGUCCCGCGGCGCGGUGGUGGUGACCCUGGAGAGCACCAGUAUCUCUGCUUGCAGCUCGGGCUCGCUGGUCAGCAAGGGCCGGUUCGUGGGUCUCUGCCUGCGGUUCGCGGACGACUUCGAGGCGUCGCUGGACGACUGGAAGCCCGACCCCGGCGAGGCCUGCAUCAACGUGUGCUGCGUGUCCGAGGGCACCUACGAGGUCUGCAGCCGGACCACCGCCGCCAAACAUAACGAGAAUGCCAAGUGGUUCCUGAACGUGUCAUGGCAGAUGGAAGGCGUCGACAUCCAUCUCGACGUCAACGUCGGCAAACAACUGUCGGCGCUCGGACACACGCUCACCAUGCUGACUGGUUUUGAAGAGGAAGAGGAUCCAUUAAAGACGGAGUACUCAAGCGAGGGCGAGGAUGAAGCGGAUGACACGAAGGGGUCGCAGGAGAGCGUGGUGCUGCGGAGGAAGUGUCCCGAACACCUGCCGGCCUUCGUGUUCGACCGGCGGCUGGACGCGCGCGCGAGGUGCAAGCUGGUGGAGCAGGAGCUAAGCGAGCAGGCGAGGAUCGUGGACGACCUGCGGGCGCUGGGCGCCUCGCACGCGACGCUGCAGAUGGAGCUGCGGCGGCUCAGGGACCUCGAGGCGCUCGUGUUCAAGGACUUCCGCAGAGAUAUGAUUCAAAAGCUGCGUCGUCAGAGCGUCCGCGCCAGUUCCAUCACCAAAGGGAAGCUGGGCCUUGGUUCCAAUCGCGCGCAGUCCUUCGUGACCCCCGCACACAAUGACUACUCACAAACGCCUUUCGAUCAAGCUCCCUCUCCGCUGGGGUCGCUGGGUAUGUCGGGGUCGUUGGGGUCGGUGUCCGCGUCCAACGAGCUGGGUGACGCGGCGGACGCACUGCUGCUGCCCGACGAGAGGCUGGCCGACAUCAUCGAGGGGACCUCGUGGAGCUCCAUGGACAGCGACCCGCUGCCUGCUGUAGGUAGCGGUCCCUCUCGUUCCUCAUCCCUGCGCGGUCCUCGGUCCGGUGAGUCUCGUGAGGCCCGCGAGCCCCGCGGCCGGGUCACCUUCAGUUCCUCGGAGGCCCCCGGGCCCCCGCCCGCCGUACAGAGACAGAGCUCAUUGCCCGCGCCCUGGCCGCCUCACCUACAUGAACCUGAUCAAGAAAACGAUGCCCCAGACACGGGAUCACCAACGGAGACUUCGGGCCCGAGUCAGCAGGAGAACAAACACAAGGCGAAGACAUCCGAACCCAACAUUGACUUCGAGCUGGACGUGAAGGUCCACAUCAACAGCGGCAAGUGUGUGCUGCACACCAAGGAGCCGGCCAGGGACGACGACAUCAAGAUUGGCGGAUCUCGUUCCCGUGUGGGCCGCUCGGCGUCGGGCGGUGUGAGCGGCGGCCGGCCUCCUCCACCGGACCUCACCGUAUUCCAGGUGCCAGGUCUAGUGCUCAAGGUGCACUACGAGUCUAAAACCCUCCCGGAGGAGUCGAUCUCCCCCCACUCUCUGCCCAGUUUGUCGAGCCGCAAGGUGGGCACCAAGAAGGCGGCCCUGUUUGCGUGGAUCACGCUGCAGAGCAUCCCCGAGGAGACCAUCAUCAGUCCCCACAUCCUCGACUUCCUGGAGCAGACCCUGGAACCCAUACCCACCAAGGUUCCCACCGCUGAGCCUGAGUGUGCUGGUCGUCGUAGCGCGGUGGAGGUGGGCGAGUCGUCGGGCGCGGCGGGCGGUGCGGGCGGGGAGGGGGAGGGCGCGUCGUACGGCCAGUACGUGUACGCGUCGUUCCCGGUGGACGUGAUCGUCCACUUCAGCACGCGGCCGUCCGCCUUCCGCUUCAGCUGCCUGCCGGCCUCGCGCGUCGAGUGUCUGUUACAGCUGCCCAGCCUGCAGAUCGUGUUCAGUUCUAAACGAGCCUCGGAUGAAGAGAUGGAGGAGCCGGCCAUCGCCAUGGGCGGUCUGAGCGUGACGGGCUGCCUGGCCGACUUCUCGGUGUACAUGUUCCACCCGUACGGCGGCAAGAAGUCCAGCCUCAAGGAGGCGCAGUGGUCGCCGCUGGCCGACACCGAGCGGAAGGACUCGCUCUCCAUCAACGUGGAGUUCGUCAAGUUCCACCUGUCCAGGUUCAGGAAGCUCGACUUCCACUCGGACAAGGAUCACUCCAAGGCUACUGUUAGGUUUUCAACAAUUGUGGAUGUGGGCUCCGCGUCCUUCAAGUACGACAUGCGUCGGUUAAGUGAGAUCCUGGCCUUCCCCCGCGCCUGGUACCGCCGCAGCAUCGUGCGCAGACUGUUCCUAGGAGACGUCAGUGUACACACUAACGUUAACGUACACACACACAACACUACGAACAACGUGCCCGUGUCGCCCGUCCUGCCGCAGAGAGAGAAGACUAAGAUAACUGAACCUCAGAAACCUAAAGAGAACAAGGGCGUCGCGGCGUGGGAGACGCUGGUGUUGUUCGCGGUGAACUUCGAGCGGCUGAACGUGCACAUGAACAUGGGCAACGUCAUGGGGAACGUCAGCUGGCAGGCGCGCUCGUUCGCGGCCCGCGGGAGACUCAGCAUCGGUAGCGCGCGGCGCCGAUCCGUGGCGGGCCGGGUCGCUCUGGGAGGGGCCGCCUUGGAGGCACGCGGGGGUAUUGUGGGCGGGUCGAUCGCGCUAGCGGCGGCACGGGCGCAUGCUCUCCUGCAACAGGAGCCGCCCGCCCACCGCGCUGCCGCCAGCCUGGCCGCGCUGGAACUACGCCUCGAGUACAUGGGAGCGCCUGCUCUGCUCGCCCGCCUGUCCCGCCUGUCCGCGGCGCUGGCGGACCGCUGGCGCGCCGCCGACCACCGGCCGGCGCGGCCCGCGACGGUGCUGGCUCACGGCACGCUGGCCUGGCACCAGCUGCAGGUGGCCAUGUCCCGCAGCACCACGCCCGACCUGCUCAAGAUGCAGCUCAAGCUGGAGGAGUUCUUCACGCAGCAGUUCAAGUCCGGGAAGCGGGUGUUCUCAUCCUUGCACGCGCCGUCUGCCGGAUACACCACCAGGAGAGAGAAAAGGGAACUAUCUUCAGGUGGCACGAGCUCCUCCUCGGGCGGGGAGACAUCGGCCGAGCUCCGGCACCACCGACACUGGCAGCGCGCGUUAGCACUCGUCGCGCUCCGACCACAUACACAAGGCAUGGUGUUGGGCGGCACGCUAGAACUACAAGGGUCCAACAUCUCGCUCGCCUGCUUCCACGGGAACAGCCUCAAGGCCAAGUCGUGGGCGCUGUUCAGUCUUAAAGAUCCCUGCAUCAGUUUCGCGACCGAGGCGCAACAGAUACUGAAUGAAAACGGUGAGCUGGAUGUACACGCGGUGCAGUCCCUGACGACGUCCCUGGGCGGGGCGGGCGGCGGGGCUGGUGCGGGCGCGGGGGCGGGCGGGGCCGGACAUCAGUCUCUCGGCACCGUGUGUCGCAUGACGCGCACCGUGCUUUUCCCCCCGCAGUUCAAAACGCUUCACGAGUGGUUCAACUACGCGUUUGCAGACAGCGAGAUAGACGCCAUAGACCAGUUCCCGUCCCUGGAGCGCGAGGUGUCCGCGCCGGCUCCCAGCGGCAAGGCGGCCGCGUCACACGUGAGGGAGGUGAUCUUCGCACUGCCCGCGCUGCAAAUGCAUUUGAGGACAAAACACGUGCAGGGACACCGCCCGCCCACCGAGAACGACGAGAAGCCGGUGGUGGAGUGCAGCUUCAUCACGGAGUUCGAGGACCACAUCUUCGUGUCGGUGGACGCGGAGGCCUUCCUGUUCCUGCACGACCUCAUCUCCUCCUACCUCAAGGAGAAGGAUCGAUUCAUGCCGGGUCGGCCGAGCUCGUCGGGCGUGUCGUCGAGCAUGGCGGGCUCUGCCCCCGGGGAGGGCGCGGAGGAGGUGGGCGCGACCCAGGACUUCCGCUCGUACCGCUGCCACACCUGGCACCUGGAGCCCACGGUCCGGCUGCUGUCGUGGGCGGGCAAGUCCAUCGAGCCGUACGGGGUGGACUACAUCCUGCAAAAGCUCGGUUUCCGCCACGCACGCACCACCAUCCCCAAGUGGGUGCAGCGCGGCGCCCUGGACCCGGCCGACGCGCUGCUGGCCGCCGCCCUGCUGCACCUCAUGCGCCUGGUGCCCUAA